GAAACAAACGGAACUCCCCGGCACAAAUAACUACAAAUCCCGGUGCACCAUGCGCGAGUGGGAUACUCCAUUAUCUGCACGGGAUAGGGGUUGGGUAUUCGAGUGUCAGAGGGCGAAGAGCCCUUGAGUCCUGGAAUGGCAAAGUGGCUUCUGAGGUUUGGAGCAGUAAUUACAGGAGGGUUAGCGCUGUCUGACUUGUAUGUUGUGACCCAUGUGGACCCUAAUGAUAUUGGAUUUGUUCGAAUUAUACGAGCUAUGGCCACUACUGCACUCAUCAGCUAUGACUACAUGACCUCACUCAAGAAGGUGGAGUAUGGGACAGAUGAAUACGAGACUGCCAAGUCACAGGUCCAUCGUCGUUCUGCUCAACAUUUGCUGGACCUCUGCUCUGCCAACAGGGGCACAUUCAUCAAAGUGGGCCAGCAUCUGGGCGGUUUGGACUAUCUACUACCAGAGGAGUACACCAGCGCAUUGAAGAUCCUGCACAGUAAAGCCCCACAGAGCAGUCUGCAGGAAAUUCACCAGGUCAUCGAGGAAGAUCUUGGCAAAGAGAUUCCUCAGCUGUUUGUCAGGUUUGAAGAAACCCCACUUGGUGCAGCAUCAUGGGCCCAAGUCCAUAAGGCGGUGUUACAUGAUGGAAGGACAGUGGCAGUCAAAGUCCAGCAUCCAAAAGUGCGCAGUCAAUGUGCAAAUGAUGUCAUUUUGAUGGAGCUUCUGGUACAGCUCGUGUCAUGGAUGUUUCCCGAAUUCAGCUUUGCAUGGCUGGUUGAUGAAGCAAAGAAAAACAUGCCGCUUGAACUGGACUUCUUGAAAGAGGGCCAAAAUACAGAGAAAGUGGCCGACAUGCUCAAGCACUUUCAGUUUCUUAAGGUCCCCAAAAUUCAUUGGGAACUGUCAACCAGUCGUGUUCUGACCAUGGAGUUUAUGGAAGGUGGUCAGGUAAAUGACAGAGAAUACAUGAAGAAAAAUGGCAUUGACGUCAAUAAGAUUUCUCAAAACCUAGGGAAGAUGUACAGUGAAAUGAUCUUUGUAAAUGGCUUCGUGCAUUGUGACCCACAUCCUGGCAAUGUGCUGGUCAGAAAGUCCACUCGAACCAACAAGACUGAAAUCAUUCUGCUUGACCAUGGAUUGUAUCAGAACUUGACAGAAGAGUUCCGCCUCGACUAUUGCCGCUUGUGGCAUUCUCUGAUAAGAACCGAUAUGAAAGGCAUCGAGAUGUACAGCCGGCGGCUGGGGGCUGGGGACUUGUACCCACUGUUUGCCUGCAUGCUGACUGCCAGAUCCUGGGGCUCUAUAACCAAAGGAAUUGACCAAACACCAGUCUCUGAGACUGAGGAUGUGGAGAUUAGAGUAAAUGCAGCUAAAUAUCUGCCUCGCAUCAAUGAACUGCUGAACAAGGUCCCUCGCCAAAUGCUUCUGCUCCUAAAGACUAAUGACCUGCUUCGAGGGAUUGAAACAUCGCUCCAGACUCGAGCCAAUGCUACUUCCUUUAUCAACAUGUCACGUUGUUGUGUCAGAGCUUUGUCCAGGCAUAAGAGGGAUAAAUGUCAGUCCUGGUACGGGAAGCUGAAAAUCUCCAUGUCCGAGACUCUCGAUCUUUGGCAGAUCAACCUCUACGAGGCGUUGCUCUGGAUUAAGGCAUCGCUGCUGAGCACCUGGAUUGCUGAGAUUCUGGGCUAUCGUCAUCCUCGCCUGCAAUGAAGCAUCUAUCUGCCAAAGAAAAGAUGAAUAUUUAUUUUCCAGUUCUUUAUUCCCCUGAAGCACUUGACACCUACACUGGCCAGUCUCCCAGAUUCCCCAUGUGCUGUGGUGUUACAGCGGACCAGGCCUAAUUAAUAACAAAAACAGAAGUUGCUGGAAAAGCUCAGCAGGUCUGGCAGCAUCUGUGGAGGAAAUCAGAAUUAAUUUUUCGGAUCUAGUGACACUUUCUCAGGAGAAAAAUUAAUGUCUAGUUUGGUUAAGAGUUUGUUUCCAUCACUAUUAAAGGGUAAACUGAU